UGUCUCCUUUUUGAUUAUUAUUUUUUCUUAUAUUUUUCUGAGUCGUACCUAAUUUUUCUCAGAAAAUGCCAUCGCUUCUCUUCAAUCGAGAAACACUUAUUGAUCUUUCAUGGAGAUGGAACAGCUCAGAUGCUCGAAACCCUCAAGAAGCUUCAAAUCCCUGCGGAGAUGUUCCAGGCCUUCCCCGGUGUUGCUCUGCCUCUCAUUGCUUCCGCUGUCUUAUUCCUAAAUCCUUGAUUUUUGUGAUGAUGAGCUCCUUCUUCAUCCCUGAGAUCAAUGCCUAGGGUUUCUUACUCAAUUUAUUUCCUUUGCUCGAGAUCCGGUUCCUCGCCAGUGCUUCCUCACCUCAAACAGUAAAAACCAGAUCUACGAUUUUAUCCACAAAAUUAGCGGCUUUAGAGAGAAUCUAAAGUUUCCGUUUUGCUUUUUGGUGGCCGUAGUCUUAGGUUUCUAAUGCAAGCCUGUUGCCGCGCCGAGCUGUGGGUGCUAUAGUUAUAAUAUUAAUCAAAAUGAGCUUGUGGUAGGCUCUUUGUUUGAUCAACGUCGCCAACAUGCUUAAGCAAUUUCUUAGUAGACUUCCUCGGAAGUCCUUCAAAUCUGACGCUGCUGAUACUGCUGGGAGCAAUUCUGGCAACAAUACCGCCGCUGCUGGCAAUGGAGCUAGCAAUGGGAUCCAACGUACAAAUAGUGGAAACGCUGCCUCAGGCAGAUCGAAUGCUGUCAAGAAGAUGUCUUCAGCCGUUUUUCCUGCAAGUGUCGUUGCUGGAAUAGAGCCCCUUCUAUCUUUUAAAGAUGUUCCAAAUCAAGAAAAGCAGAACUUGUUUAUUAGUAAGUUGAAUCUUUGUUGUGUGGUUUUUGACUUCAACGAUCCAAUUCAGGAUUCUGCCGAGAAAGAUCUGAAACGUCAAACUUUGUUAGAGUUGGUCGAAUUUGUUGGUUCCGGUUCUGCCAGGCUUAACGAACCUGCAAUUGCAGCGGUUUGUAAAAUGGUUGUAGCUAAUCUUUUUAGGGUUUUCCCUCCUAACUACCGGUCUAAUUCGACUGGUGGAGAAAACGAAGACGAAGAACCGAUGUUUGAUCCUGCCUGGUCUCAUUUACAAGUUGUGUAUGAUUUGCUGCUUAGGUUCAUCACUUCUUCUUCACUCGAAUCAAAGAUAGCAAAGAAGUACAUAGAUCAUUCGUUUAUUUUGAGAUUGCUUGACCUGUUUGAUUCUGAGGAUCCAAGAGAAAGAGAUUGCUUGAAGACAAUCCUGCAUAGAAUUUAUGGGAAGUUCAUGGUUCACAGGCCCUUUAUCCGGAAGGCUGUCAGCAACAUAUUUUUCCGCUUUGUCUUUGAAACAGAACGGCAUAAUGGAAUUGCUGAGCUCUUGGAAAUUCUUGGCAGUGUAAUUAGUGGGUUUGCGCUACCACUGAAGGAGGAGCAUAAAGUGUUUUUGUGGAAGGCUCUGAUUCCUCUGCACAAGCCAAAGUGUAUGGGUGUUUACCUUCAGCAAUUAUCCUAUUGCAUUACACAGUUCAUAGAGAAGGAGCCAAAGUUGGCAAGCUUGGUCAUAAAGGGGUUGUUGAGAUAUUGGCCAGUAACAAAUAGCCAGAAGGAAGUGCUGUUUUUGGGGGAGUUGGAAGAAGUUUUGGAAGUAACAAACAUGGUGGAGUUCCAGAAGAUCAUGGUCCCUUUGUUCCAUAGGAUUGGGUGCUGUCUUAACAGCUCCCAUUUCCAGGUGGCUGAGAGAGCCCUCUUCUUAUGGAACAAUGAGCACAUUGUCAGCUUAAUUUCCCACAACCGACAGGUGAUCCUGCCUCUCAUCUUCCCAGCUCUGGAGAAGAACACUAGGAACCACUGGAAUCAGUCGGUUCUGAACUUAACAGUAAAUGUAAGGAAAAUGUUUUCAGAAUUGGAUGAUGAGUUGGUCUUGACAUGCCAGAGCAAAUUUGAGGAGGAAGAAACAAAACAAAACGCAGCAGCAGAAAAGAGGAGGCUGACAUGGGAGCGUCUGGAGAACAUGGCCAGCGUCCAACCAGUGACAGGGAACACAGCAGUUCUGGUCACACAUGAAACAGCCACUAUCACCUGCUAAUUUUUAGAUAUGCAGUGUUUUUUUUCCCCAUCUUAAAUCGUAGUUCUCCUCCCUUGCUUUUCGUUUUGGUAUUGGUGCAGCGUUGUUUGACAGGAUUGUGGGGUUAGUCCUUGAAUGAAAUCUGCCAAGGCGCUGGGAUGACCCAGGAGGAUAGAAAAGGCAACCGGCAACUAGAACGCAGUCAAAUCAUCUGUAUCAAAGUUUUUUUCUUACUCCUUGAGGAUGGGUUGGUUGUAAGUUGUAAGUCUCCAGUAGAAAAUGGUCUUACCUUCUCAGGUGGAACUAUAAGAGUUGUAUCUUUUAUACCUUGCAUAGAUGUGAAUUAUAUGCACGUCAAGUGCUUAACGAGGGAUAUCGCUAUUUAAAUGUCA